CCGCCAUUUUAUACCGGGUGUUUUUAAACGGACGGUUGGAUCAGACGCUUACUGCGUGAACAAGCAGGGUCCUGAAUGAAUAUGACUUCAAAUGAGAAUGGGAAAGUGACUCAGGUUGAUGGAAGCAGCUGUGAUCGCCAGAGAACUGAUUACAGCUUAACAACUCUACACAAUAGUCACAAAUCAUACUGGGAUAUGAUAUUUGCACAUGUUAAAGAUGAACUCCCCUCCCUGGAUUCAGACUUUUCAUCAUCAGGUUCAGAAGAUGGUGAAGUUGCAAUUUUCCAGCGAGAAGCCACGGGGCUAAUUUCAUGCCUGCCAGAGGAUCUGAGAAACUUAACACUUGAAGACCCAGUUCUUGAGGAAAUGCUGGAAUCUGCAAGCUGUCCACCUGAGGCCUGGGCAACAGAGAACAGAGCAAAGACAUCUGAUGAUCAUGAAGACUUUCGGGGUAAGACUACCUGGCACUUGCAGAAUUUCAAUGGCAUCAAUGAUUGUCUGGAGGGUGAACUUGCUUCUUUCAGUGGUGAUUCUGCAGAUUCAACACCAUCUGUAGGUCUCAUCAAUGAUAGGAACUUGCUACACCCAGAGAUAGAACCUCAGUCUGCUGAAAAGGAGCAUUUUACAGAUGCAAGAGGCAGUGGUGGAGGAGACCCAUAUUCAUCCAGCAGGCAAAAGGUUAUUAGCGGCAAAGAACAAAAGAGCCUCAGGUGCCAAGCCAGUGGAGAUGGGAAGUUGGAUUAUUGGUGCAUCCCAACUCCAACUACUGCUGGGCUUCCGGAAUUAACAGCUGCAAGGGACUUUGUAAAAAAUAUCUUGGAAAGCACCUCACAGACUAUCCUGGACAAGGCAGCAUCUGAAAAGCACCUCAUGAACUCCAGUAAAAACCAAGAACUUGAAGGAACAGUAUCAGAGGAUAAGUUAAACAGUGGAGAUCCAAUGUCCAGUGGACCAUACACUCAGAACCCACCUAUUCUUUCUUUAGAGUGUGUGGAAGAGGCAUAUCUGGACGAAAUUCUCCGCAGCCUGCAACACAUCAAAGACCACGAUGUUGAUCGAAAAGACCACAGCCCUGAUGUGGAGAAUCUUGUCAACAGUUCUUGGUCUGGUUCAGUUCCCUCGCGUGUAAAAAGUGAGAACUACCUUAUGGAACAGCUCGCCUUGUUCUGCACUAAGCAGUCAGGAGCACCUAUCACAUUCAACAACCAAGUGUCAACAGAAUACUAUUCCAGCAGGGAGCAGUGGUCCAUGACUGAUGGAGACAGUACCAAUGGUCUAAAAGAAAUUCCCAGUCCUGAAGCUGUUUUGUGUUCACUGGAGACGGGAAGAACAAUACCCACGAAAGUUACCUCUGAGCCAAAAACUGUUUUCAUUGACCUUCGUAACUGGGAGCAGGAAAGAAACUCUACACAGAUAUGCUGCAAAAAUGGAAAAGAGAAGCUUACAUAUGUGCAAGAUGAAAGUUCAACUGACUCGUCCCUCGAGGAGGAUGACCAUGAUGCCAUGUCAUCCCAGAGCAGUGAUCGAGGACAAAAGUCCUGGCAUGAUUCAAGUGACUGUACGGGGAAAAGCAUGCUGCUUAGAUAUCUACGUAAAGGCUCUGUCAACUCCUCAAGAACCCCAGGAAAAGAUUCCAGUUGUGCCCUUGAGCAGCCAACUGCAACAGACAUAGAAACCAGGGUGCAGAAGAAGAGAAGAAAACUAAGGCCAGAGAGCAGCAAGACCAUCAGUGAACAAGAGAAAAUGUCUGGGGCUCGAGGCUGCAAUAUGGAGAGGGGAGGUCAGGAGGUGCCUAGUGCUCGUGGUGACCAGCUGACUGGCCGGUGUCCUUCAACAGUCACUGGACGGAGUGAGAAAGAGCAGUUGCAGGAAAAACACCAGUCUGCAAGUGAAAACAGCCUGAGUCUCGGGGCAGCUGACCAACAGACAAGAGAGUGCCACAGGAAGGAGCAGCAGAGCCGGAAGUGGCUUAACAAGCAACUGGACAGCCUGAAGCCACUGAGAUCUGUGACAGGGAAGCACCGAAGCGCAGAGGGAACACCGCUCCUAUUCAAUACGGAGGCCUCCUAUUUGCCCAACAUCCACACUUUGCCUGAGAAGGAACGAGAUGAAAAGCUUCUACUUACAGUCCAUCUCUCCAGCUGCGGCCAACUGGUCACAACUGGACAGCAGACGACCUUCUCACUGGACAGUGCAGUGGCUUCCUCCAGUUUAUACAAUGCCCUGGUAUCAUGGCUCCUUUCUCUGGUACCCACUCAGCUGCCUCCUGUGAAUCGACCACUUGGCGACAGUGUUAAGGCAAGGGCACCAUUUCAGGUGGUGGGUCUCCAACAAGUCUGGCAAGAAGAGGGCUUGGCUUUAUAUGCCUGUGUGGUACCAAAGUGUCAGAGCCUUGAUCAGAGCAAGCCCACAUACAGCAAGAGUUGGAUAAAUACGGUGAAGGAGAAAUUGCAAGAAACAUCCAUCUUCUACCAGCUCGUUGUGAACUUUUUAUCCCAGACAUCCCUGAGGGAAGUAAUCUGGUGGAGCAAAGAGCUGAAUGAUACUCUUCAAGGUCACAAGUUCCCUCCAUGGGUCUGCCUUCCUGCAACUCACCUCAACUCCAUGAUUUCUGUCGAGCCUGACUCCAAGGAUGUUCCGAGGAUAUUUGAAGCUGAGCUUGGGUUUUUCUGGCAGACAUUGGAGACAGAGGAAUGUUGUUGUUGGACUGCCACUGAAGAUGUGUGGUGUGUGCAGGAGCCUGAGGUCACCAUGGCCCUAGUUUUUGAGAAUUUAUUCAGUAAUCCUGUCGCCCUUCACCACACACUGCAGCUGACCUUUGGCUCUGGUAUGGAUAUCUGUGGCCUUCGCCUACUUUACCCUUCACCACUUCUCCUGGCAGAGAGUGCAGGAAAGCUUCCUUCUACUUACAAUCCUGAUGGUAAUACCACUCCCAGGUCUGUGUUGGCACUGGCACUGAGAGGUGUGAAUGCUGGUACACUGUGGACAGACAUCGUUGGGCCAUCUGACCCCCAGCUGGCCAUUGUGACAGACCGUCACUCCAUCAAUGCUCGUUACUGCAAGCAUCGUGAUGAGCCACUCCUUUACUCUCCCCACCAGGAGAGCCGUAUCCAGUGGGAGCUGUGUGUGUGGUUUGGUGGAAGGGUUCCUGAAAAUGGGAUUGUACAAGUUGGCGUUCAGAAUCCAGCCAAGAAGAGCAGCUUGAGUUCCAGAUCAAAUGCUCCUCGGUGUACCGAUCUCAGAGAGACCUGCCGACCACCUGCUACACUUGUGGCAACUGUUAAAGUUGACUUAUUUCUACUGGUGUCUCCUGUUGUGCCUACACGUUUCUACGGAGACAUAAUAUCCGUGUGUGUCAGGCGAGGAUUCAUUCUGCAGGGACUUCAACGCCUUCGCCUGUCUCUAAAGCAAGCUGAGAGCUUGGCGAUUGCAAGUGAUCAGAUCCCAGUGUUCUGUCAAACAGGUUGGUUUGGAGCCCUGAACUCUCAGCUGUCUGCUGCUGGCCCUUCCACUGCUCAGCUGCCCUACCCUUGCUUUCUGAUGCAUCUGAGGAAAGAAAAUGCAAGUCACCAGAUUGCAAGCUUAUUGACAGGGUUGGUGAGCGAGCUGGCAGAAGAGGGGCUCAUUGAAGAUGUGCGCAGCAGACUUCCCCCAGAUCCUGAAUUUGAGAUUCUAUCCUGUUUCCAUGUGACUCCCUACACCAAUCAAGCACUGCAGGGUUUAGGAGGAGUUUUCAGUGCCGUGCCCCAAGCUUCCAGUCUGGCUCUGGAUGAGCUGUAUAAAUACAGCAUCGUGUCCAACCCUGAACUCGAGCAAGUUGUUGUUCUCACACUAACGGGGCGCAGUGCUGUGAAAACUGCUGGGAGCUGCCUGCGAAACCUCCUGCGUCCUGUCUCAAACAAAAUUGGUGACAGUAAGGAGAAUGGAAGCUUUGAGCUCCUGGGGUUGAAAUGGCUGCCACAUCUGAGCCGAAACCAGGCCAAGGAGUUAACCCCCUACGAGGUAGGCGACCGACAUUGGCAGGAAAGCAUUGACUGCCUGGUAUCCAGCCCUGCACUCGUAUGUGUGCUCCGCCGUGUGGACGCCUUCAAUGCCUUGGCUGAGAUCCUCAAUGUUAGACAGCUCAAGGGAGGCAUGGACAACCUAGAGAAGGUGAUGUCACCAACCCCAGAGCUGGCCUUCAGACAAGCUGCUCUGUUCUUCACUAACAAGGAACUGAUAUCAGAUCCGAGUGCACGGCCUCUCCUGAAGUACCUGUCUCCCUCUCUGAGGUCGGGGAUCUCUGUGGCUGGUACUGAAACACAAACUGACAACAUGGAAUCCAUCUUCAGCUUCAUGCUUCUUGGAUCCCAGCCUCUGUUAACGUUGCUGGUUAUCAAACCCUCCACGUGGCAAAGUCAUCUCCCCAAGAUACUCCGUAGACUUGAUCUAGAGCACUUCUGUGUUGUUGGUUUGAAACUUGUCACCUUGGAUGUGGAAAAAGCUUCACUCCUCACUCCGUGUAGUGUUCAGCAGGACCCAGUCCUGGUGAAGUCCAGCAUUGACUCCCUCAUCUCUGGUCCUUUGGUCAUUCUGUGUCUCCAGCGAGAUAACGCAGUGAAAAAACUGCUGGACUUGCUCGGCCCUGAAGAUCCUCAAGAGGCCAGGAGCCUGGACCAGUUCCUUUGGCGAGGUCACUGGGGUACAGAUUUGCUCCACAAUGGUUUCUAUGCUUCCUCAUCCUUUGGAAAUGCAGUCCGCGAUGUGAAGGCAUUUUUCCCUGAAGGACUUUGUUGUGAGGAAUCAGAACUGAUGAAAGCUGAGAAGAUUGGCAGUUGUGUAAGAGACUGGUUCAUCAGCUUGGAGUUCCCACCGAGACGCAAGUUGGUCAAUUCCUUAGCCUUCUGUCACUUGGAUUCUGGAGCACCCAGCCGGAGCUCACAACAAGGAGUACUGCUGUCUCGAGCUCUCUGCCAGACCAUGUGUCUGCUGUUAGCUGCUCCGCUCAUCUGUAGCUGCCACCACCCCGCCUACAUUGAGGUGCUGGACCAGCUAGCCAGCUGUGGCUUCCAGGUCACCGGGGCAAGGAUGAGCAUCCUUGACCAGAUACAGGCUCAGCACGUGGCAAAGCUCAUCAGCGUUGUCAAUAUCUCAGCCACAUGUGCUCUGCUUACAAGCGGCCCCUGCCUGAUCCUGGCUCUGGAGAGGGACAAUGGUUUCUGCUGCUUUGAUCCUCUGCUGAAAAGCCUUGACUGGGAAAAACUGAACCUCCAGGACUGUCUGCGGCAUUUCAUCUAUCCCAGGACUGAGUCACAGGUGGAUCAGUUACUCAGCUGCCUGUUUGAGACCCUUGCUCCCUACAGUAUUCACCGGAUUGUGCCCCAAGACUCUGGGCUCUACAGGGGCAACACUUUUGACAACCGUGGCUCCAGUCCCUGACCCCACAAGAGGGCAAACAGGAGGAUCAACGUUAAAUCCCCUAUCUCAGACUUCUCAUUGUUUGAAUUUAUUUCCCCUCCCUAUAUUUAUUAUUCUGUAAUAGGUCUCUAACCAAGCAGCAAAAGAGCUUCGACAGUAACUUGUCAACAUUUCAUUGGGUAUGCUCACAUUCACUGACGCUGAUUUUCUCUCAGCUGGUAUCUGAUCGCCAAGCUCCUGAAGUAAUGCACACCCUUCUCCCUCCUUGCUGGCACCCUGUGUUUACUCAGCAUGGCGAGCUCAAACAGUUCCCCCCAGGUAAUAACUGAUGAAUGAGUAUAUCUAGUAAACACACAGACUGUGGAUCUCCAGCUACCUGUGGUUUCUAUAUGGAUGGUAUUCAAUUCAACUUCUCCAAGGCAGAGACAGAAAUCCAGUAAACAGCUCUAACAUCUUCAAGGAAAGGUCCUUGGGAGAGUCAGAAUGACAGGAUCACAAAACCUCAUCGUUCCACUUAUGGACAAUGGACUUUCCUCAUUUAGCUCAGUUCAAGGAACAGCUGAAACUAAACUGCCCGAGUUCAAUGGAGAUGAUCGCUGGCCAGCACAAGUCUCACUGGGGUGAGAGUUUGUAUUUGGUACAAAGAGUCACUGCAUCGGUGGACGGUGUGACACAGCUGGAGGUACCACAGUAUACAGCAGCCUUGUAACGCUGAAGCACCAUCCACAACUCAGUAUGGCUCAUGAACUUCCAUUUGUAUUGUACAAAGCUUAUUGUGUGUUAGAUUUAAUAUCUUACAACUAGAGCCCCAACUAAAACAUACAUGUUACUGUCACCUUAUCUAUAAGUUACAUAUGUGGGUGUGAGUGAUUCACUGCCUUGUGGAAAAUAAACUCUGGCACUUUACUUAUAAAGUGUGAGCUCAUUCUGUUCCGACUGAGGUGUGACAUUUGGUCAAACCCUUGGGAUGAGUGAAGUACAAAAACUCAAACCGAUCACUGUG